AAACGAACAAAAUUUAAGAGUGCUAAACAAAUUUCAGUCGUAAAAGAGCAAGACCACUGUGAAGCAAAAUUCCUCAACCUGAAAAUGGAGAAGUUCAAAUUCAAAUGAAGCAAAGAACCAUUCAUUGGACCUGAGAUGACGAAGAAUAGAUUGAAGGUAGGUCAGCGGAAACUGGAUGCAAGAGUCAAGAUGGAGCAGCAAGCAGAUGCAUCAGCAGUGAAGACUUUAUUAUGGCUAGAGCUGUACCCUUCCAAAUUCCUACAAAACCUUUCAGAAAUGUGA